GGCCCUGACACACAGAAGCAGCGAUCCAAAACAGAAUCUCACUUUUGUUUGGAUUGCACCGUCAGUCAACGAAGGGAUGUCGUAUUCAAAAGCGCCAUUGUGGGAGGCAACAAGUCUCUUUACUGGGUCAACGUCACGGCCCACAACCUGCUGCAACCGUCAGGGAACUGGUCGUCCCUUAGCACCACUCCUGCUCCAGAGACUACAUCAUCCCAGUCUCACAAGAUUUUCAAAGACCCCCAAUGUGGUCACAAGCUAUCCUGUUACGGAGACUGCGAGGAAGAUGGAUGCACUUUCCUAUCUACGUGGUACGUAGAGGACCAGUGGCUGGUGGUCACCAUUAAGUCUGUGGUCACCAGCGGCACAAGCCUGUGGACAGCAGUCGGAUUUGGCUUGAAAGAUAGCAUGAAUGAAGCUAGUGUGACAGAAUGCAUCCUCAACACCAAUAGCCUACAAGCCUUCAUGUCCUCCAACAAAGACUAUGGCAACGAAAAGAUUUCUCCUGAUCCUAAAGUUGGUCUCAGUCAGGUGUCAGGCACCCUUGAAGAUGGCGUCUUAUCUUGUUCUUUCCACCGCGCACUCGUCGUUGCUGGUCGCACAGACAUAUACGAUCUGACGGCACAGAAGUACCACGUGAUGAUGGCUAGAGGUACCGCCUCAGGCUGGGACAUCACCCCACACGACCAGUCCGACGCGUUUGUCACCAGCGACAGCUACAACCUGACUCUUCCUGUGGACAUUGGGGCCAAGAGUGAGAGCCAAACGCUGGUCAAGCUCCACGGCUGCCUCAUGACGCUGGCGUGGAUAAUGGCGGGCAGUGUCGGCUUGCUGAUGGCCAGGUUCUACAAGGACGCCUGGAAAACCAAGACCCUGUGUGGGGUCAAGGUUUGGUUCGCGAUUCACAGAGCCUGCAUGGUUGCAACUUUUUUCGCCACUGCUUUGGGCUUCGCCCUUAUUUUUAUAAAGUUGGAGGCUACAGCACGAUAACUGGUGAAGACUAUCAAAAGGCGCAUCCUAUUCUUGGCAUAAUAGUCACUGUUCUGACUGUCAUCAAUCCGAUCAUGUCCUUUUUCCGAUGUGCGCCAAACCAUGACCACAGGCCUAUUUUUAACUGGGCUCACUGGGCUGUGGGAAGCAGCGCCUACAUUCUCGGAGUGAUCACGCUCGCCAUCGGCACGAGGUUGUAUCAGUCCCCG